UACAUGUACACUCUCCUGAAAGCUGCUCAACAGUUAACGAAAACGUGAGGGAUUUAUGAUGCCAUGGAUUCAUUAUGCACAACAGACACAGGCUACCAUCCCCAUGGUUUGAUUAAUCAAGGGGCAACCUGUUAUUUAAACAGUGUGCUGCAGGUGUUCUUCAUGACCAAGGACUUCAGAGAGGCUAUUGAAAGUCAGGUAUUUCCUAAUGAUCAAGAACAAGAGACCAUUGAUCACAAGCUUAAAAGGCUGUUUCAAAAAUUAAAAGAGAAAGAAGCUGACACAAAGGACAUUUCUUGGACAUUGGACAUUCAAACCGUAUAUGAGCAACGUGACGCUGCUGAAUUUUUUGAGAAGAUUUUAAGCACGGUCAAGAAUAAUGUGUCUAAGAUCUUCGAAGGACAAUUGUCGCACACUAUCUCCUGUGCAAAUAGUCAUAUUUCCAAUAUUGAACCUGGUCCAUUUUGGGUUCUGCCCCUCUCCAUGGACGUAACCUUAGGCCCUGGUCAAAGCUACAGUGUGAAUGACGGUUUUGAGGAGUUUUUUGAGAAAUCAACUAUCACUGGGGACAAGCUGUACUGUGCUAAAUGCAAUGAAGAAGUGGAAGCAACAACUGUAUGUAAGAUGGUACAUCACCCAGAGAUUCUGACUCUGCUACUCAAGAGGUUCGAGUUUGACUACCAUGGGAUGACAUAUGUCAAAAUCAAGCGCUCUGUGGACGUUCCUCACAAAUUACAGACAGAGAAUGGGGCAUAUGAACUCUAUGCAAUUGUGGACCAUGAAGGAAGUCUAAGAAGUGGACAUUACACUGCUACAAUCAGGUCCUAUGAGGAUCAGAAGUGGUAUUUGUUUAAUGACAGCAACGUAAGCCUGAUCACAUUGGAACCAAACUUAAGAUCACAAAGUGCUUAUCUGCUUAUUUAUAGGACAUGUGGAUACAGACAAGAAGAGGAUAAGAGGUCAGUUGGAAACAGAGGAGACGAGGAGGGGGGCUCAUGGUCAAAGAGAAGAGGAAAUGAAAAGGAUGCAGCUAAAAAGAGACCAAAAUUUGAAUGGAUUAUAAAUUAUAUUUACUCACGCAUAACAGCAAUUGGAUCAUGGGGAAAAAGAGGAGAAUAUAAAAUUGAUGCAGAUGAAAAUAAAGGAGAAGGGGGCAAAUGUACAGAUGGGGAGAAUGGAGAUGGAGGGAAGGAGAGGUCAGGUGCAAAGAGAGAAGAUGAUAAAACGUCAGGUGAAAAAUGUACGGAAGAGGAUCAGAGGUCAGGUGGAAACAGAAGAGGAGAUAAGAGGUCAUCUGGAAACAGAGAGGAAGAUGAUACAAGGUCAGAUGGAAACAGUAGUGAGGAUUAUGACAGGUCCGGUGGAAACCGAAGAGGAGAAGGUGAUAAGAGGUCAGGUGGAAACAGUAAGGAAGAGGAUAAGAGGCCAGGUGGAAACAGUAUAGAGGAUGAUACAAGGUCAGGUGGAAACAGUAUAGAGGAUGAUGACAGGUCUGGUGGAAACAGAAGAGGAGAAGGUGAUAAGAGGUCAGGUGGAAACAGUGUAGAAGUUGAUACAAGAUCAGGAGGAAACAGGGGUGAGGAUGGUGACAGGUCCGGUGGACAUAGAAGAGGAGAAGGUGAUAAGAGGUCAGGUGGAAACAGUGGGGAAGAGGAUAAGAGGUCUUGUGGAAACAUUGAAGAAGAAAAGCGGUCCGUUGGAAAUGGUAGAGAGGAUCAUAACAGGUCCGGUGGAAACAGAAGAGGAGAAGGUGAUAAGAGGUCAGGUGGAAACAGUGGGGAAGAGGAUAAGAGGUCUUGUGGAAACAUUGAAGAAGAAAAGCGGUCCGUUGGAAAUGGUAGAGAGGAUCAUAACAGGUCCGAAACAGAAGAGGAGAAGGUGAUAAGAGGUCAGGUGGAAACAGUGGGGAAGAGGAUAAGAGGUCUUGUGGAAACAUUGAAGAAGAAAAGCGGUCCGUUGGAAAUGGUAGAGAGGAUCAUAACAGGUCCGGUGGAAACAGAAGAGGAGAAGGUGAUAAGAGGUCAGGUGGAAACAGUGGAGAAGAUGAUAAGAGGUCAGGUGGAAACAGAGAAAAAGAUGACAAGAUGUCAGGUGAAAAAAGUAAGGAAGAGGAUCAGAGGUCAGGUGGAAACAGUAGUGAGGAUGAUAAUAGGUCUGGUGGAAACAGUAAGGAAGAGGAUCAGAGGUCAGGUGGAAACAGUGUAG